GGGAGGGCCCUGGCGCCCCCAGACGCGUGGCCAGUGUCUCUCCUCCUUGACCGGCCACCCGCCAGAUAGCAGGGCGAAGGCAGGGCCAGACAUCGCGGGAAAUGAGGGGCCUCCUUGCUUUGCUGCUGGUCAUGAGCCUGCCGUGGGUGGAGACCAAUGUCACCGUGUCUGGAAGGCAAAACGUACUGAGGUGUCACGUUUGCGAGGAGGAGAACAGUUUCGAUUGUGAAAGACCAACAGACUGUAAAGCGGACACUCCGUAUUGUACUUCUGUUGCCGUGACAGGCUCUCUGGCACAGCACUCACACCCAGGCCCUGGGCAGCGGCUCCUCAAGAGGCCCAGCUCCAAGCUCCGGGCAGUGGCUCGGUCGGCCGGGAGCCCCUUGCUCUCGUGUGUCUGUCCGUGGUCACAAGGCCUGAGCGACCCUGCGUUUGAGAAGUUGAGGCCGAAGGAGCCUGUACGUUCCCAAAGGGAGACCGCAAGGCCCAGGUUCCCGGUGCGCGUGGACAGGCCGAGGCUGGGGCAUCCGAUGCCGCACCGACUCCCAGAAGCAAAUCUGAACACAAAGCCCCGAUCCUCUUCCUCUGUGGUGAUGGCUCCUGACUCCCCAUCAGGGGCCCUCUUUGAGCGGGGCUUCUGAGAGGCGGCACCGGAAGGGAAUAUUUCCACGGUUCUUCUAUGUCUCCAAGCAGUGCGUAAAGUAUUGUGGGAUA